CUCAUGCCUGAAAGAAACACAGUAGAGUAGUUGACAACUUGACAGUUUUCUCUUUCAUGACCAUGGCCCGGACCCUCGGUAACAAAACGGGUUUUCACCACCUCCUGACCCGAUUCACAAUCUCACGACGGCCACUGCAAACCCUAGCCUACGAAGAGCUCCGGCACUCCGCCGACCCAGAACCCUACCGCGCCACCGCUUUUGUCCUCCAUGGCCUUCUGGGCUCCGCCAGAAACUGGAGAUCUUUCUCUCGCGCCCUCCUCUCUAAUAUCUCCAACCCAUCUGGUUGGAGAUUGGUGCUUGUGGAUUUGAGGAACCAUGGGAGGUCAGCUGAGAUCGAAGGUCUGAACCCACCUCAUGAUUUGGUCAAUGCGGCCCAAGAUUUGGCUCAUUUGAUUCAGACUCGAGGUUGGGCAUGGCCGGAUGUUGUUCUUGGCCACUCCAUGGGUGGUAAGGUUGCUCUGCAAUUUGCAGAAAGCUGUGCUCGUGGUCACUAUGGUGGUUCCGCUAAGUUGCCCAAGCAGCUGUGGGUAUUGGAUUCCGUUCCAGGAGAAGUGAUCCGUGAAAGCAGUGAUGGGGAAGUUGAGAAAGUUUUGCAGACAUUGCAGAGUCUACCUUCAUCAAUUCCAUCACGAAAGUGGCUUGUGGAUCAUAUGAUUGAACUUGGGUUCUCAAAGUCAUUGUCAGAAUGGAUAGGCACCAACCUCAAAAAACAGGGAGAUCAUGAGACAUGGGCGUUCAAUCUUGACGGUGUUGUCCAGAUGUUCAAGUCUUACCAGGAGAAGUCCUAUUGGCAUCUGUUAGAGCAACCCCCAAAAGAUAUGGAGAUAGCUGUUGUGCGUGCUGAGAACAGUGAUCGUUGGGACCCGGAUGUGAUUCAACGGCUUGGAAGCCUUGCCAAUCGGGAAGGAGAUGGAUCGAAGGGAAAGUUUUCAGUUCAUGUUCUCCCCAAGUCAGGCCAUUGGGUUCAUGUGGACAAUCCAAAAGGUCUUCUUGAGAUUGUGGCACCUAGGAUUUCAUCCCUAUGACAAGUUUUUUAUGAUAGUUGGGUUUUAACUUUUAAGUCACCUGUCGCAGAAAA